CAAAGGAGCCCUUGCUCCACGGGCGCAAGUUGCUGGUCGCAGCGAUGGCGACGUGACAGUUGAAGCUUUUUCUUCCACCGAGCUGCUGAGAAUCCGCGCUCCCCUCCCACGGGCGCGGCUUCUUUCCAGCCGAUCUUCCGCCGCUCUUAUCCCGCGCUCCAGCUGUUUGGGUUUGGGCCCCUCCCUCAGUCACCUCGUGGAUUGGGCGAGCGCAGGAAGCAGGCCGAACCAGAUUCGCUUUCGCGGCUAGAAAACCGAGCAGGCACAGAUGGGCCCGGUUUGCUCGAUUCCGGAUUGGAGCGGGUGCUUAACGGGCCGCGAUCGUCAUCUCGCGGGGGGCUGAGCCCGAUCCCUCCUCUUUUUUGAUCCCUCCAUCCUCGCCGCGAGCACCAUGGCCGAGGUGCCCCCCGUGGUCCGGAUCAAGGUCUCCCUCAAGAUCCAGCCGAACGACGGCCCCGUCUACUUCAAGGUGGACGGCCAGAGGUUCGGCCAGAAUCGCACCAUCAAAUUGCUGACGGGGGCCAAAUACAAGGUCGAGGUGGCCCUCAAGCCGGGGACUAUCCAUGCCACGACAAUGGGUAUAGGAGGAGUAACUGUGCUUCUUGAAGAGACAGCAAGAGAACCUCAGCUUGUUACUUACAGUGGCAUCUAUGACACAGAAGGAGUUCCUCACACCAAAAGUGGGGAGAGACAACCUAUACAAGUCAACCUACAGGUCACUGACAUUGGCACUUUUGAAACCGUCUGGCAAGUCAAAUUCUACAACUAUCAUAAGCGAGACCACUGCCAAUGGGGAAACAGCUUUGGCUGCAUCGAAUAUGAAUGCAAACCCAAUGAAACACGCAGCCUGAUGUGGAUCAAUAAAGAGACCUUCUUCUGAAGUGAGGCAGCUGUGUCUGGACAAUCUCUUGGUAAAAUAACUGAUCUUCAAACCAGUGCAAAGCCUUACUGAGGCCCUCAGUGUAGAUGUUUUGGUUGAACAAACUGGAUUCCUCCCCCUCCCCCCUGCAACACAUUUGUUUGCAAAUAAGUUUCCUUUGAAGCUGAUGAGACUUGCUUCCAAGGGAAUAGGUUUGCAAUGGUGGUCAUAAGAAAUGAAUGUUGCUGGGAGAUGACGUUGCCUACUCCCUCCCUAAAUGUGAACUGCCCCUCACUUGCACUGGGGUGAAUGGGACAAAGGUGAUCUUGCAAUAUCCACUAGGCUCUAGAAGCUCCCUUUCCAUAGUCAUCCUGCGAUGUACUGUUUGUGACAUGCCCCAAAUAAUUGUUUUAGAAUUUUAUCUGCUACAUGGUAAUAAUAGCUCCUCUAUUUUUGUGUUCAGUCCUGGUGCUCAUUCAUGCUAGCAGGUGUCGUGAAAUGCAGCUUCACUGCUGCCACUGUGCCCUGAAAUUCAGUAUACCUUCUUCCUUCUACUAAUACUUUUCAGGGCUGAGAAAGCCCUCCAGAUGUUAUUGGACUAUGACCCCUGGCACCCUUCCUCCUUGGUCAUGCUGGUUGGGGCUGCUGGUGGUUCUAACCGUCCAAUGCCUGGAAAAUCAUAGAUUCUCCUUGUACAGAUUACAGUGCACAGUGCUAAUUCCAGAUGCCUGGGCAUCUGAUAAUGUAAUAACAGUUCUGCUCAAAUGAUUUUGCUUAGUUUUCACAGCGAAGAAGCAAGAUUGCUGAAUAUUACAUAAUCUGAAUGAGGUUUCACCUAUCAAACCAAAAGCAGUGAUGGGAUUCUUGGGACGAUGCAAUGCGUCAAUGGUUUUAAAUUCUUUGUGCUAUGUUUCUCAUAAUAAUUGGAUCAGCUACAAUUAAAUAUACGUAAUGUUGCAUAUUAAAGCCCACUGAGUUUUCAGAUUACCUGUCCAGCGGUAUUUUUUAAGGAAAAAUGAAGUUUGCUAUGAGUAACAUUUGAGCUAUAGCAGUUCGCUUGCACCAAUAUGUAACCUUUCAGGUCAAAUAUGAUUUUACCAGGAUGCUUUCCAAGCAAAAGGAAAGCUGUUUGCAUAUAAGCU